GACCUUAAGAAAUAUCAUGUAAACAAAUAGGAGAUAUUCUUGACAUUUAUUUUGUUCGACUGGCAAGAAGUCAUAAAAGAAGUGAAUAAACAAGAAUAUAAAUCCGGAAAAUGUCUUCUUUAAAAGGAAAUGCAUCAAACAUGAAAAGGAAAAAAAGAAUGACUAAAGCCCAGAUACAACUAGCUAUUAUUAAGAAAAGGGAAUUAGACGCAAAAGCACAGACAUUAGUGGAAAGAUUACUUGAGCCUGACAUUAAUUCCCAAUGGCUGCUGGAAAAUUUGAAUCAUAUAAAUAAGUGUCACAUGGAGGACGUCAUUGAAGAAAGAGCGAUAGACAAGUUGUGUGGAUACGUUCUCUGCAAAAAUGUAUUGACUAAAGUAAUAAAUCAACGUUAUCACAUAUCAACUGCAAGAAAUAAAGUUUACGAUGUUAGUCGAAGAAAACACUUUUGCAGCUCAUUUUGUUACUGUGCGGCAAAUUACCUAUUGGAGCAGAUGUUGUCAAGUCCUCUCUGGUUGAGGGAAGACGAAAAGUCCCCGGAAUUUCGAUUCUUAUCUGAAAAUGAAGAAAGUAAUAUUCCGGGCGAAGAAGUUGUUUAUAAGAAUUCAGACGAUCCUAAAGCAGAGAGCAACGUAGGUGAAGACGUUAAUGAAAUUGAUAGCGAAUUGCCUACUUCUCGUAAAGUUAAAGGGAAAUGCGUUACUUUUCAAUUACCACCUGAAGAGAAAGAACUUGAAGUUAAUUCUCAAAAUUCAGAUCAAGUACAAGUAACACCUUUUCUUGUGGAAGAUCUGGUAGCAAAUGAUAAUUUUAAACUUUUAACUAAUGAAUUGAAUUUGAAGCAAAGGAAGGAGUCAUUGUUUCAGAAGGAAAGGAAAUUGUCGAAAAAGUCUAACAAUAACGCUGACUCUAUAGGCUCAUUAGUUAAACGAAUUGAAAGUAUAUUUAAAGAGUGGAUUACAGAAGAUACACUACGAUUACUUUUCGGAGAAGAAAAUGACAAGCAUCAAAUUUUUCAAGGUAUAGAAAAACAUGAAAAAUACGCUACUCUUUGUCAAAAGUUGGAUGAGCUUCAGUUGGACAUGGAAUGCAGGAAGACUGAAACUGAUGAUAAUGCCAUUUCUAAACCCGUUCCAGAUUAUAAAGUUUUACAAGAAGAAGGCAAACAGUUACAAUUGAAGGUACGAUCAUAUUUAAGUGGCUCUGUAACUGAGAAUAAUGAAGACGUGAGCAAUAAAAGUCAAGCAGUAGAAGAGAGUUCAGUUGCUCCUCUGGUUGACUCCCAAGCUCCAAAUGCUAUCCGGCGUAGAAUUUUUAUAGAUAAAAUAAAUAAUGUGUUGAAAGAUCUACUGCAAUGUUCACCAGGUUUAUAUUCGCACAGCAAAGAAAGAGUUAGAGUAAUUAAAGGAAUAGUAAGCACAUUUGCUUUGACGCCUGAAAAUAUAAAUUUUAUGUCUGUUGAAUGGAACCUUGUUGGCCUCAUUAUGAUAAAAAUGGUAAGCCUAAUUGAUACACAACUGAAGAGUUUUAUAAAGGCUAAGGAUACUUCACGGUAUAUUUCAAUGAUACUGAUGUCUUAUCAAUUAAAUUCGGAUUACCUGGAUACAUUCAUAAGUUCUUUAAGAUGAAAAACUGAUCAAUGUAUUUUUAUAUUACACUUAUUUUGUAUAUAAUAAUAAAAAAAAUUUCCAAAUAAAAUAUUUAUUAUAAUA